UCAUGGAGGAAAUGUGUUUUAUUCCUCCAUGAUUUGUUUUGCUUCAAAGAAUCUCUCAGAUUUUCACGUUGUCCCGCUAACCAGAGGAUGUUGAAGUCAAUUCGCGUAAAAACGACCAUAAAAGAACAUUUGAUCCACUUUACCCGGCCGAUUUGGGUUCGUCUGUGACACGAUUUUACUUUUAGUGUUUCCAUCUCUUUGCAUUCCAACUCUAGUUCUGAGAAAUGCGAACACAUACUUGAUUCACUGGCUAGUUGUAGGGGGCUUCAGCGAAAAAUCCGCUGGUAGGAUGAUUGGCAACCAGUCUACCCUGUAACAUCUCCCAGUUUACGAUCGGCCCGUUUGAGGUUGGGCAAAAGACACGAGUUGGGCCGCUUGAUCGAACGACAGCAUGUACGUGGCAGGCAGGUUGGCCUAAGUACAUGUAUGUACGGUGGAACUUUCAUGAUGUUCUUCAUGUGAUCGCUAGGUUUAUGAUCGUAUCCCGUAUGUCUCGAGCUGAUCAAACUUACAUUGUUACAAGUAUUUCGCUUUGUUCUUCAUCAUUACAGCUUAUGAUGCCUCUGGGUGAAUGAAGACUUUGGUUUCUCCCUGAAGCCUCCCGCGUAAACGACACUCGCACGCAUGCAGUCCCCCUUCACAAAAUGCCCACUGGCAAACCGUCUGCUGUGACCAAGCAGGGGAGUAGUCAACUGGGAACAGCCUUGAGACAUCGCACAUUGGCCAAGGUGACUGGCACAGACUCAGAGACCAUGGUUCCCCGAAUUGAACUUGAGACGUUUCCCUCACCGGGCGACGCCAGCCAAGUCCCUGGGAUGGUGCAGGCCGUCAAGGACAACGAAAGUGCCGGGAUGGACCGCACUCAUUUGUGGAACGGUGCUGUCAGCUGCCAAAUGGACACAGACCAAGGAGGGGGAGGAGAACUUAGCAUUGCCAUCGGCAACCGUGCCCACGACGAUGACGAGGAUGCUGAGAUUGAGACCUCCUUUACUGAGCCCCUCCUGCAUAGACACUCCGAGGAGGAGGCGGGGGACCACGAAGUGGGCGUAGUCGACCACAGGGAGGAAUCCUCUUUCAGCAUCGCCCUCCAGGUUUUCUUGCCAUAUAUCAUCGCUGGGUUUGGGACAGUGGGAGCGGGACUGGUGCUUGAUAUUGUUCAGCAUUGGCCUGUCUAUAUCGACGUGACAGAAGUGUUUAUUUUGGUGCCAGCCCUGCUGGGGUUGAAAGGGAAUCUAGAAAUGACACUGGCAUCUCGACUUUCCACUGCGGCCAAUCUGGGUAGUAUUGACGACACCAAAGAACAGUGGCAAAUGAUUGGUGGGAACUUGGCGCUGACCCAGUGUCAGGCGCUAGUGGUCGGGUUUUUGGCGUCUGUCGCUGCUGCCAUCAUGGGCUACAUUCCGGAUGGAGAGAUUAACAUCUACCACAUCUUACUGCUGAGCGCAAGCAGUUUAGUUACAGCCUCCCUAGCCAGCGGGAUUCUGGGUUCUAUAAUGGUAGCUGUCGUACUUCUCUCCCGAAAGUGCCACAUUAAUCCAGACAACGUGGCCACCCCCAUCGCAGCCAGCCUGGGCGACCUCACAACAUUAGCACUACUGUCCUGGAUCACUAGUCUGCUUUACAGGGCAAUAGGUGAAGAUGAGAGCGUUAGGCGUCUCUGGCUGGCACCCUGCAUCAUCGCAUUCUUCCUUCUCCUCUUACCCCUGUGGGUGUGGCUGUCCCACCGCAACAAGUACACCCACGAUGUGCUGUACCACGGCUGGAGUCCCGUCAUCGUUGCCAUGGUGAUUAGCAGCUGCGGGGGCCUUGUUCUGGACGUUGCCAUCCGACAAAAUGCCGGCGUUGCAGUCUUCAGCCCGGUCAUCAACGGCGUGGGCGGCAACCUGGUGGCCGUCCAAGCCAGUCGGAUAUCCACGCACUUGCACCGGCUUGGCCAGCCCGGUACCCUGCCCCCUGGCCGCAAGGGCUCGUGCCUGAAUCCCUGCAAGGCGUUCUUCGGCUCAGAUGAACAUUCUCGAUCUUGUCGUGUGCUGUUCCUGAUGGUCAUUCCUGGUCAGCUGAUCUUCCUGUUCUUCAUCUCAUUGGUCAAGGCCGGCCACACGUCAAUCACGGUCCGCGUCACCAUCAUGUACCUGACGGUGGCCUUGAUCCAGGUGGGUAUCCUUCUGUUCACAGCCAACUGGCUAGUGCAUCUCUUGUGGAAGAAAUCCAAGGACCCGGACAACUUCUCCAUCCCUUACCUGACUGCCGUCGGCGACCUCCUGGGCACAGCCUUGCUCGCCCUGGGGUUCUACCUCACCUGGUUGCUAGGAGACCGAGACAGCGAUGUGGGGGAUUAAAAAGCUCAGGGGGUUCCGUCAGAAGCCCAUCGACCUUGCAAUCCAACGAUGCUUGAUAUAUAUUUAUCCAUUCUUUUGUUUCAUUUUCUCUUGUAUUUUUUUGUUCACAUGAAAGGCCAACAGAUAAAUUUCAUAGUCUAUUUUUGCAGCCUAACAUGUAAUUUUAAAGUUGUCAGUAGAAGUUCAUUGAGAAUGUUGGGCAGAUCUUACGAGUACGUAACAGUAUUCAUUUGGUAGUAAUUUAAAGGUCAGUAAGAUAUUGAAACAAAGGGCUAAUCGUAAUGCCUACAGAACUGAUGGGUCGUCUCUAUCAACGAUCCAGUCUGGUAACCCAACAGGGCACGCUAAAAAAAACGUGUCGGAGGUCAUCCGAGAAAAGUGUGAUGUUGGUCCUAUACACGCACUGAACAUGGUCGGGCUGGCUUUCAUCAAUGUCAAAUGACCUUGCCUUUUUUAAAUAAAAAAAUUAGCUCAUUAUGGGAGGUUUGAAUUUCUAAAGUAAAGAGUUUGUCAAAUUAUGAAAAAAGCUGAUAAAUUGUAAGAAUUUUUACCUAUUCUUUGGCUCAUAAGUUGAAAGGAAUUUUAGAUUUGUUAAUAUGAGGCAGUCAUUUCAGUGAGCUCUUAUUUGAAUACAGGCGAUUUACAAGAGAGCGCCUCCAAGAGUUUGCAACACAUUGGCCAAUCAUAACUCGCAAAAUCUGUCGGCCCUUUCCAAACGGCAUGGGGUCGACAGAUUUUGCGCGUUGUGAUUUGCCAACUCAUUGCAAACUCUUUGAGGUGUACUCUUGUGAAUCGCCCGAAUUGAGCGUUAAAAGCUUCAAGAUUGACUGUGGAACCUGACCCCGACAAAGAAAUCAUGGUUGAAGAAACGGCAGUCUGGUGAAAUCAACUAAAAUGCACCUUUAAAUUCUGCCUGCUAUGCUGAGCACUCGACCGCCAAGCAUUUCAAACCACCCAGCUGACCCCAUCAAGUGCAGUGAUUGAACGGAUGAAGGCGUCUGCACCAGCAAGUAGGAAGAUAUGGGUUUGUGUCCCAUCAGUGCAAGGGCCUGUUUAUGCUGACGAGCAGAGACAAGAUAGCCUUGACACAAGACACAAGUCAGAAACCUGUUUGGUAUACAAAUCAUCAGGUUACUAACUUUCCACAAUAACAGUAGUGCCCCCACAGAAAGAUUCGAACUCGGGUCUAGGAAGUGCUCAACUAUGCCAGUCAGUCCGAGAUGUACUGUUUAACAAAAUUGGGGAAUGGUCAGAGAACACCAUCUCGGCACUAAGAUACAUUGAAUGCCCAGAUACAUUGAACGCAAAGGUGGCUCCAGAACAAAAUUGGGGGAGGGGGUUGAGGCCAAAAAAGUGGGACUUGCUUCUGUUACAGCCUUUUUGAAGGAUGAGGCCAAAUUUUGAGACUUUUGCAUGCUCCUGGACAGAAGGGAAAUGCAGACCUCCCAACCCAACCGAUUUUGGCGGAAAAUUUUCCCUUUUCAUAUCACUUCAUUUCCGCCAUUCCAAUUUCGCCCCUAAAAUUUCCGCCAAAUUGCAAUUUUGACACGCCUGUGUGUUACUGGAAACAGACCUUGUGAUCUUAUGCAUGUUCUGUAAUACGACUUAUCUGACUUACCUGAGCGGUCAGUGGCAGUGCACAUUGUGUGCCGCGUCCGUGGCAGCGCGCCCUUCUGACUCGUACAUUGCUUGCGGCGCCCGGUUUCGCAUGGAUCCACAGCUAAGAACGUUUGGAUUCAAGACUAAGCACUGCUGUGAAUUCGACCACGAUCGUGUAAACGCGGUAAAUGUUUCGCAGAAUUUCGCUUUGAAUCAACACAUUCAGGAAAUGAAAAAUAAUUGCAGACCAUUUCAGAUGAUGUAAACUCUUGUGGGAAUCAAAAUUGUAUGGAAUUGGUGAGUACGUGCGGUACUGUACAUCAUCGUGGACGCGGAUUUGACUUUUUACAAUGCAGCACUGAUUUUUACUUGUUUCAUGGUAAUACGGAGAAUAGUCCGAUUUUUCAUGAAAAAUUCAGGCGAGAAGGAUUCCGAAUUCUUGAGAGCCAAUGUUGGGAGGUCUGGAAUGAAAAAGUAAACAAAUAGAUUAUCUUUCAUUCAUAUUAUCUUAUCAUUCCCAUUCUAUAAAAUUUGCAUGUGAUAUGAGAGUGCCUUGUUUAUCAAGUUUUUGAUGCAUAUUCUUUGUACACACCUUUGUCUUAUUAACUGUCUUUUGUGGUAACAAGAUUGGGUCCUAGAAAUACUACUAUUUUUCUCUUUCUUGUGCCUGAUUGCCUUCCUGUUAUUAAAUUUCACGCCAUGGUUUUUUGUGUUAACAGGCACUGUAGACUAUGGUUAACGUCGAGAUCUUAUAAAAGUUAAAGGUGUGUGGCAUUAAUUUUGUUGAAAUGUUCUUAAGAGUCAUAUUAUUGCGCAAUACUAUGAAUAUUAAAAGGUGUUUGUCGUGUGGAAA